AUUGCGGUGGUCUGACACGCACGUCCUUCAUCUGACUUUGAAAAUUUUCUCGCCCAAGUUUUCGCCCAUAGAAAGUGCUCAAAAUUUCUCAGCCAGCACAGUCGAUUCCUCGCUAGCAAGCCGAAAGAUAAACAAAGAAGUUAAACAUGUCGAAGAUCGGAAUUAACGGAUUUGGACGCAUCGGUCGUCUGGUGCUGCGCGCCGCCAUCGAUAAGGGAGCCUCCGUUGUGGCCGUCAACGAUCCCUUCAUUGAUGUGAACUACAUGGUCUAUCUGUUCAAGUUCGACUCGACCCAUGGACGUUUUAAGGGCACCGUUGCCGCCGAGGGCGGUUUCCUGGUCGUCAACGGCCAGAAGAUCACAGUCUUCAGCGAACGCGACCCGGCCAACAUCAACUGGGCCAGCGCUGGUGCCGAAUAUGUUGUGGAGUCCACCGGUGUCUUCACCACCAUCGACAAGGCUUCCACUCACUUGAAGGGCGGUGCCAAGAAGGUCAUCAUCUCGGCCCCAUCCGCCGAUGCCCCCAUGUUCGUGUGCGGCGUCAACCUGGAUGCCUACAAGCCCGACAUGAAGGUGGUCUCCAACGCCUCGUGCACCACCAACUGCCUGGCUCCCCUGGCCAAGGUGAUCAACGACAACUUCGAGAUCGUUGAGGGUCUGAUGACCACUGUUCACGCCACCACGGCUACCCAGAAGACCGUCGAUGGACCUUCCGGCAAGUUGUGGCGUGAUGGACGUGGCGCUGCCCAGAACAUCAUUCCAGCCUCCACCGGAGCUGCCAAGGCCGUUGGCAAGGUUAUCCCUGCCCUCAAUGGCAAGCUCACCGGCAUGGCAUUCCGCGUUCCCACGCCCAAUGUGUCCGUCGUCGAUUUGACUGUGCGUCUGGGCAAGGGAGCCUCCUACGAUGAGAUCAAGGCCAAGGUUCAGGAAGCCGCCAACGGACCCCUGAAGGGCAUCUUGGGCUACACCGAUGAGGAGGUGGUCUCCACCGACUUCCUCAGCGACACCCACUCGUCGGUCUUCGACGCCAAGGCUGGCAUUUCGCUGAACGACAAGUUCGUCAAGCUGAUCUCUUGGUACGACAACGAGUUCGGUUACUCCAACCGCGUCAUCGAUCUGAUCAAGUACAUGCAGAGCAAGGAUUAAGUAUGGAGAACACCCAUCCAGAAUACCAAUACCCAUCCGCACAAUAUGAAAGUUAAAGUUAGAUGAGCGGUAAAAUGGGGUGAGACACAUCAGAAAUGGAUCAGUUAUGGAUCACAUAAUAUUAUUAUUGCUCCCCGGUGGAGCAUCACGUAUGCGCUAUGAAAUAUGCUUCUGUUUUCGCUCUUCAAUUUACCAGCCACAAAAAAAAAAACACAUUGGAAAAAUUAAAAUACAUACAUCCAUAUACACAUAAA